UUCUCUCACAUAAUUCUCAAGCGUGCGCGAUAUAUUCUAUUUCCACUCUCUCCCGCAGGAAUCUCGUUUCAUCUCGCGAUCCCGGGUCGCGAUGAAUUUUGUCCCGUUAGGUGUAAUUGUAUCUUAAUCGCAAAUUCUCGAUUGUCAUCCUAAAGAAGCUUGUGAAUAAAUUAUAAAACUUCCCGCGAUAUCUCUCCCGCGGUUCUCCGUCGCGACGAAGGUAGAGACCCAGACAGCGCAAUCCACUAAAAGGUGUCUUAAAUACUACGUCAAAAAGCUCUGCCACUCCUCUGAACGUCUUUUGGACGUCUUUCGGACGUCUUUGAGACAUCUUUUAGUAAUUUGUGCCGUCUGGAUAAACUGUCCCGCAAAUUCCUCGACUUUUUUCAGACAGAGCGCAAGAGACAGGGAGAAUGAGGGAAGAGAAAUGGCGCGCUGAAGGUCCCGAAGCUGUUUCUCCAAAUUCGCCGCCAAUCGAUCCGACACGCAAGUCGAUUUUGAGGGAUUUUCAAUUCACCAUCGGCUGCACGGCUGGUGACGUUUCCCUACGGCGUUGAUUGAUCUCUCGCCCGCGAAUGCUUCACGCUGCGAGCAGUGGUGAGGAGGAUCGGAGCGGCUCUCUCGACUAUGAGUGGGUACGAGCGGAAUCUCGUACAGCACGCCGAACAGUUCGAAUCUCGCUUCCCCGCGACGACGGUCGCCCGUGCGCUCUACCACGCUCGCCUCGCUCGAAUUUCGAUCUUCGAUCAUGAUACGCGGACGGACGAAGACGUGCAGGUGAAACGUGUCGUUACCCGCCGCGUUACCUGCUCGCCGACUCGCCUGUCUCGCUUUCAUAGAAAACAGGAGGGACACGUGUCGUUGCGUAAGCAAGAGGGGACCGAGAAGAAGAGAGUAAAAGUAAAUCGACGUCGAAGCCGGGAUUUCUUUCGCCGGGAAUAUCUUUCGUUGGUGGUGACAAAGUUUGUGCGAAGCUCGUGGAGGGUUUAAUCGAAGCUGGUUCCCAGCCGGAUCGUGAGAGGCAAGAUGUGGCAAAAUCUAAAGUGCGUCGAUGACUUCUUGAACCGUGCGUUUCACAAAUUAGGCCUCAUCGUCGGCCGGCACCCGGGCUACUUCGUGAUCGUACCAUUGUUGUUGGCCUGCAUAUGUUUCACCGGCUAUCAAAGGAUACACUAUGAAAUCGACCCGGAAUACCUAUUCUCGCCCAUCAACGGGCCCGGCAAGACCGAACGAGCGGUGGUCGAGCAGUACUUCAAAGUCAACUAUAGCUAUCAAUUCGAUCUUAGUCGUAUCACCAGACCAGGCCGAUUCGGCCACGUCAUUGUGAUUCCCAAGGAUGGCGGGCACAAUAUGCUGAAGAAGGAGAUUUGGCAAGAGCUGAUGGAACUCGAUCGGAUUAUUAAGGACAUCAAAGCCGAGUAUGAGGGCGAAACGUUCACUUACCAGCAAAUCUGCGCACGAUGGCUCGACGAGUGUUUCGGAAACGAUAUUCUAGACCUGCAGCUAGUGAUAACCGAGGUGGAAAGUGGGGAUCUCAAUCUCACGUUUCCGAUUAUGUUGAAUCCGGUCACGUUGGAUGCUCUUGUGUUUCCGGUGUUCUUCGGCGGAACCGUCAUCGAUAACGGUGUGAUAAAAUCGGUGCCCUCGGUGCAGCUCGCCUACUUCAUUACCGUCGACAGUCCGCGACAAGACGCAAUCGGGGCCGCCUGGGAGGAGGCGUUUCUGGAAGUCAUCGGCAAGGUCGAGGAUGAAGGUGCGUUCAAGCACAUUAGCACCGCGAGAUUCGCCUCGAGGACCCUCGAGCUGGAACUGGAGGCCAAUACGAAGACGGUCGUGCCGUACUUUGCCAGCACGUUCAUCAUAAUGGGUCUGUUCUCGGUCGUGACAUGCAUGAUGACCGAUUGGGUGCGCAGCAAACCUUGGCUUGGUUUGCUGGGUAACAUCUCGGCCGCCAUAGCGACCGUCGCUGCUUUCGGAUUGUGUAUGUAUCUGAGGAUAGACUUCAUCGGCAUCAACCUCGCCGCGCCGUUCCUCAUGAUCGGAAUAGGCAUCGAUGAUACUUUUGUCAUGUUAGCGGCUUGGAGGAGAACGAGCAUCAACAAACCGGUGCCAGAAAGGAUGGCAGCAACAUUGAGCGAGGCAGCUGUUUCCAUCACCAUCACAUCACUAACGGAUAUGAUAUCCUUUUUCAUCGGCAUUAUGUCGCCCUUCCCUUCAGUCAAGAUUUUCUGUAUUUACUCAGGUUUCGCGGUAGUUUUCACUUUCCUGUUUCACAUAACGUUCUUCAGUGGAUGCGUCGCGAUCAGCGGUUAUUGCGAACGAAAAAAUUUGCACAGCGUCAUCUGCUGCAAGGUGCAGCCUUUAUCUAAAUCCACUCAUCGGUCGUGGUUCUACAGAGUGCUAUGCUCCGGCGGAAUUGAUCCUGACGACCCUCACAAUCCGAUCGACAAUCCCGAGCACGGAUGCAUGACUUGGUUUCGCGAUUAUUUAGCGACCGCGCUAAACUAUCGUCCCGUGAAAGCGUUCAUCAUCGCCAUUUUUAUCUGCUAUCUUUUCGGCGCCCUAUACGGACUUACGACCCUCCAGGAAGGUCUGGAACGACGCAAACUCUCGAAAGAGGAUUCCUACUCGAUCGCCUUCUACGACCGCCAAGACAUUUACUUCAGGGAGUUCCCUUACAGGAUACAAGUUGUGGUGACCGGCGAUUACAACUACAGCGAUCCGGUGAUCCAGACACAGAUGGAGAACCUGACGAGGAACUUAGAAUCGAGCAAGUACAUCAGCGCGCCGAUCUACACCGAGAGUUGGCUGCGCAAUUUCCUGAUAUAUAUAUCGACCGAAGAGAGCUACCUAAACGUCAGCAUUGACAACGAGCCUAACUUCAUCAAGGUGCUGAAGGAGUACUGGCUGCACGACACCAGCGUCUAUUCUCUCGACGUGAAGCUCGACGCCGCGAAGGAGAAGAUCGUAGCGAGCCGGUUCCUGAUCCAGGCGGUGAACGUGAGCGGUACUAAUCAGGAAAAGGACAUGGUGAAGGAGCUACGCGGCAUCUGCGACGAGUCACCCCUGAACGCCAGCGUGUUCCACCCCUACUUCGUCUUCUUCGACCAGUUCGAGCUGGUACGGCCCACCAGCAUCCAAUGCAUGAUCUUCGGCGCGCUCGUCAUGAUGUUCAUCAGUUUCAUCUUUAUCCCCAACAUUUUGUGCUGCUUGUGGGUCGCCUUUUGCAUCGUAUCGAUCGAGCUGGGUGUCGCCGGCUACAUGGCGCUGUGGGGUGUCAAUCUCGACAGCAUCUCCAUGAUUAACUUGAUCAUGUGCAUCGGCUUCAGCGUCGACUUCACUGCGCACAUCUGCUAUGCCUAUAUGAGCUCGAAGCGGACCUGGCCGGAGGACCGGAUGAAGGACAGCCUGUAUAGUCUCGGCUUGCCGAUCGUCCAAGGCGCCGCCUCGACGAUUCUCGGCCUGGUUGCACUCCUAUUGGCCGGCACUUACAUCUUCCUCGUAUUCUUCAAGAUGGUCUUUCUGGUGAUCUUCAUCGGCGCGAUGCACGGUCUGUUCCUGUUGCCGGUAUUGUUGUCCAUCUUCGGGCCAGGUGCCUGCACCAGUCACCCGGACGAGCCUGAAGACACGGAGAACGCGAACGGUGCGCAAGAAAAGGAGACGACGAACAAAUUUCAACAACCUUUCGUGAUUCCACAUCCUCAUCUAGUCUAUUACACCGCGGGUGCGGUCAAGCCGCUCCAGGACAGCCCGGCGACCAGCAUGGCAGCCUUCGAAGAACGGGAUCCUGGUCUGGGUACCAGCGAGGACAGCAACUCGACCGAGAGCGGCUCCUCGCAGAGCAGGAGACGCCAAUGCAAGCAGCAGGAGCAACAGGACCAGCCGCCGAGUCAGGCUCGCCACGAGAUGUGGAGGAGGUCGAUUGGCGUUCUCUACGGCCUGUCGCAGUUUCAAUCCAACGAGCCGCCGCAUCCGGCGCCAGAUUACCCCGGCGCCGUGACGGAUAAUCCCCAAUCGUCCGGCGAAAAUAGCAAUUCACGAAUGCCUUACCUGGGACCCUACGUCGUGUACCGUCAGCCGAGUCAGUUGCCGCGAGACUACAAACGUAGCAGAUCUUAUCACAAUCUGCAGCAUCCUACGUCGACGCGGUAUCCAACGGAUCCUCGGUAUCCUUAGAAAAAAGGGGGAGUCUCGUGAGAGUGUAAAAAAGAAAGAUAUCGACGAAAGAGAGAGAACGAAGUGAGAAGUCCCUCGCUUGAGAAUUCGGCCCCUUGAAGCAGUAUGAUGGCGAUACUUAGCUGAGAUAUUUCGUUAUCGUAAAAUCUUGACGUAGAAUAAGCUACGACAAUUCGAAUAACGCGAUAACACGAAGGGAUGGGAAGAGAAAUAGGAAACACAAAGGGGAGAGAAUGUCAGGUGGCGUUCACUAUGUUUAUUUGUGAGUUACGACUCACAUGUUUCAGGGGCCUGAGUUUUAAGAGUCGGAGUUCAACGAUGUGAUCUUGAAGACUUUUUAUACAAUAAUGCUUACUACGAAAUAAUAGCGGAUCUAAGCGGCGUUAAAAUUGUGUGACAUUGCGUUUGUAGAUGAUAUCUCGCGAUAUCGAUGCUUCAACAUUACUUGAAGAACCAAGUAUUGUAACAGAGUGUCCUAAGAAGGAUGUGUAUCAAUUAGGCAGGUAUGAUACAUCACCAAAACAGUAAUGGCAUUCUCUCCAAAGAAUUUAAGGGAUAUGAAUGCUCUGUCAUCGUAGGUAUAGUCGAAAGGACAGAUCUGUCAAAUCUUAAAUCUCUCGAGACUUAUCGAUUCUUAGAUCUUUAGCAUCGUAAAUUCACACUCGUCCAUAUAUUGUUACCGUAUAUGUAAUUAUAAUAUUGUAACUGUAGCACUGAAUGUAGCUAUAUGAUCUUAAGUUUUGUUCAUCUAAUAUAUAAGCGAAGCGAACGUAAAGUGAAGAUUAGAUAGACACACAUAGUGCUAAAUAUACGGUGAAAAUACAGGACAUAAACUCGAACACAAGUUUUCACAAUUCUUGAAUUGAUUCUUGAAAAUGCUUUUGCAUUUGGAUAAAUUUCUAUUCGAUUCCGACCAGUAGAUUAACGUAGAUUCUCAGAUCAUAAAUCGAUAUCGAUACGUUAAUCCAUCCUUCUACUAUCACAGAUUUCAGAUGACACAAAAUAUCGCAGAAUCAUUCCGAAUGUGCCCAGGAUGUUCUGGGAAAUAUCUUAGGACAUCCCGGUGUAUCCAGGAUGAUCUCAGAAUGUUGUCCGCUAUCUGGGAUUCCUCACUUUUGUGUUGGCGUACAUAUUUUAUAUUGCGCCCUUCGCAGCCAAAGGAUUAAUCUCGUAGCACUCGGGUUAUGCAAUUCUCCGUGUAAGGAUAAUGCACUCAUUCGAAAAGGAUAGAGUCGAAAUGACGAUGACUCGUUCGGGCUCACGUUAGUUGUUAAGAAUAGCUCAAACCGAACGAUAUAGCAUAUAUAAAAAUACAUAUAUAUAUACAUAUAUAUACAUAUUCAUAUAUAUAUGCUCAAUAUAUUAAUCAAAACCAAAAUAUGUCUCACGACAUAAUAAUUAAGUAUCCAAGGCGUCUUGUUCGAUCGACGUAUGAAUUGUCCCAGUCUCACGUCGAGCAGCAUGUAGUGCCUUAAAUUAGCAGGUUUUUUUUUUAUUGUAUAAUAAAGUCGAACAAUUUAGUUUGGCAGGUGGUUUGAACAAUGUUAUGUGGGAAACAAAAAUUUAUUUCAUUUAAGAAGUAGUAAAACUUUUUACUGUUUCUUAAAGAAUUAUAGCUUCAAAGUUAUGUUGCGUUUUAUAGACGUUUUAUAGUCAUUUGAUAAAUAAUAUUAAAGAUUGCUAUUCUUGACAUAUUUAGGGAUCAUUGUAAAGAUAUCCUAAAUUUGUAAGACUUCAUGUUUCACGCAGAAACGUUUUUGGAAGUCUUACUUGAGGGUUUUUACAUUGUUUAAAAAUUUAUUCAACUGUUUAUCUCAUAGUAGAUGUGGAAUACUCAGGAAGGAGUCAAUAAGUCGUCCUUACGAGCGUUCCAUUCGACGAACGAGCUGUUCAUUAUGUUACAAGAAUGAAUAGCAAUUACAUUACUUAUCUUAGGACGAGAUAAUAACGGAAAUACGUGUGGGUGAAUAUACUUGAAGAAGCUUUUUCAUAAUUAACGAUGUACAGAUAACUCCUUCUUCGCUUCGCGAUUUCAGAGUGCGUGUUUUUUCAUAUUUAUGAAUGCGAGAGAGAGAGAGAGAGAGAGAGAGAGAGAGAGAGAGAGAGAGAGAGAGAAAGAGUGAAUAUAAGAAACAAACAAUAUUGUAACUAAUAACAAACAUGAAGGUUUGUUGUUGUUAGAAAGAAUAAUUAAUAUAGAAAAUAUAUUCUGGCAAGAGAAAGUCUUUUAAA